GAGCUGCCAGCGAGCCGGAGGAGGAGCCGCAGCGGCGCCAGGGGCAGCCGGGGAGCAGAGAAGGGCGCCCCAGGUGGUUGCCCCCUCCCUCUCCUGAGAUGUCAGGGAGGAGACUACCUGUAUCCUACACAGGGGCCCCACACAGCCUGGGGGCCCCCAUCCCCAGAGUGAGGCGGUGGAGGUGCUGUUGACAGGUGUGCAAGCCAUGCUCCCUCGCCACUCCUGCUCGCUUCUUCUUCUCCUUUUCUUCCUCCCCAGUGUCCCCAUGGAGCCCCAACCCCCAUCCUCCACCCUGCCCCCAUUUCUGGCCCCUGAGUGGGACCUCUUGUCUCCUCGAGUGGCCCUGUCAAGGGGCGCCCCUGCUGGGCCCCCUCUCCUCUUCCUGCUGGAGGCUGGGGCCUAUGGGGAGCCGGCAGGGGCCCCAGCCAACCGCAGCCGGCGCGGGGUGAGUGAGACGGCACCCGCAAGCCGCCGGGGUGAGCUGGCAGUGUGCGACGCAGUGAGUGGCUGGGUGACCGACCGGCGGACAGCUGUGGACUUGCGUGGGCGCGAGGUGGAGGUGCUGGGCGAGGUGCCUGCGGCAGGUGGCAGUCCCCUGCGUCAGUACUUCUUCGAGACGCGCUGCAAGGCCGAAAGCGCUGGGGAAGGUGGCCCAGGUGUGGGCGGAGGGGGUUGUCGUGGCGUGGAUCGGAGGCACUGGCUCUCAGAAUGCAAGGCUAAGCAGUCCUACGUGCGGGCGUUGACUGCAGAUUCCCAGGGCCGCGUGGGCUGGCGCUGGAUUCGGAUCGACACAGCUUGCGUCUGCACGCUCCUCAGCCGAACAGGCCGGGCCUGAGGUCCAGGCUUGAGGUCCAGGCUUGGGAACUGCCCAGGUUGAGGGAGGAAAAAAAAAAAAAAAAACAGCUGGAUGGUGAAAGGACCACAGGGAUGGCCCGGCUGCUCUACCACGCCUUCUGACUGGGAACUGAAAUAACCACAGAAUCAACUCUCUCUCAUUUUGAGAGCUCAGUCCGUGUGGAAUGUAUGAUGGAAACAAAUGGGGUUUCAAGUGAUGAAAAGGAGUUCUCCCAGAGGAACUUCGACAUUAAUAAUCAUAGCCAAUGUUUACUAUUUGCUGUUUAUCAGACCUAAUAUAUGACUCUGCUAACCAUUUUAACAUCAGAGGACCCUGGCUCACCAUGGCAAGAGGGGCAAGGAAAGAACACAUGAUGCAUGAGCCAGGGCUAGACCUGGAUCGGUAGGCUGUUUCUGGUUGCCUAGCAUGCACACAGUCCUGGGCUGUAUCUUAAGCACCGCAUCAUAAACCAUGCAUGGUGGUACCCAUCGGCAGUGCCAGUACUUGGGAAGUAAAGGCAGGUAGAUCAGGAGUCGAUGGCCAUCCUUAGCUACACAGGGAGAUUGAA